UCCGUGCUGACGUCACUGCUCCACAUUGAGCCAGUAGUAGAGAGUCGCUGGAGAUAGAUCGAGCCGCGCGGUAGUAAAGUACACACUGACAGGAACUCUCUAUAACUUACACGUUGUUGCUCCACAACCCGGGACAGGACCACUUUACACCUUUUUUAUUUUUCUUCUCUUUCUCUUCCGCCCACGGACCGUGUGCUCUUCUUCUUCUUCUUCUUCUUCGCCCCUUGUUUCUCCAGCGGGAGCCCCGGAGGAGGAGACGAGCAGCCGCGGGAAGAAGACACGACUAUUUCGGGGUUUUUCUUCUCGGGGGGUCGACGUCGACGAGCGCCAUGUCGUCCGCGGCGGUCGCUGCUUCUUCCAGGAGGCAGUCGUGUUAUUUAUGCGACCUGCCCCGCAUGCCGUGGGCCAUGAUCUGGGAUUUUACCGAGCCCGUGUGCAGGGGAUGUGUGAACUACGAGGGAGCGGACCGCAUCGAGUUUGUGAUCGACACGGCCCGGCAGCUGAAGCGGGCGCACUGCUUCCAGGAGGGCCGGCCUCCGGGACCCGGCAAGGCGCAGCUCUCCGGGAAGGAGAUCCAGGCGAUCAACCACGCCGCGGCCGGGGAGCCGGUCUCCCGGCCGCCGCAGCCGCUGGACCGCUACCCGCUGUCCUCCGACCGCCCGCCCCGGCUCGGCCCCGAGUACCAGUCCGGCCGGCAGGCGAACGGCAUCCCGGUGCCCAAUGGAUUCCCUAAGCCCGACGAACCGCCGGAGCUGAACCGCCAGAGCCCGAACCCCCGGAGGAACAGCGCCGUGCCCCCCAACCUGGUGCCGCUGGUGAACGGGAACAUGCCCCCGGUGCACGCGGUCAACGGGAGGCAGGGCACGAUGGGGGGGCUUCCCUCGGCGCUGGCGGGCGGUGGUGGUCCCGCCGACAUGGGCAAGAGACCCGCGUCGGUGUCCAGCAGCGAGCACGACCGGGACGGGAAGGACAAGCACCGGCCCGACAGCCUCACGCCGGACCUGUCCGAGAGCCACAAGAGCCGGGCCGACCCGGACUGGAUGGGCAAGGGCAAGACGGUCCGGGACCUGAUGGCUCUGCACACCUUCGACAACCGGUUCAAGAAGGACCACGCGGCCCUGCAACAAAGGGUCAUGAGCUACGAGUCCAGCGCCACGGCGUCCAAAUCAGACAGAGGCAAGCACCCUCGCAGCAUGAAGAGGAAAGCCUCCCCGGAGCCCGAGGGAGAGGGCACGGCCGCCAAGCUCAACGGAGAGGGGCAGCAGUGGUUACCCCCGCCCGGGGACAGCCUGAAGAUGCCUCCAGUGCCCCCGCCGAGCUUCAGCUCCCCCCCUUCCACCAUCUCCCCCCACUCCCGCACCACCCCACCUGAGGCCGCCCAGAACGGCCAGUCCCCCAUGGCGGCUCUCAUCAUGGCGGCAGACAAUGCAGGUGGGAACAGCUCCCCCAAGGACUCCAACCAGGUCCACUCCACCACCCGCAGGAACAGCAGCAGCCCCCUGUCGCCGUCCUCCAUGAACCAGAGGAGGCUGGCACAGAGGGACGGCUCCGGUGCAGGCACCCCCCACGUGCCAGGCAUGGACCAAGUGCACCCCCAAAGCAUUCCGGACUCCUCGGUUCCCGGCAGCAUACCCCUGUGCUGCACGCUGUGCCACGAGCGUUUGGAGGACACACACUUUGUUCAGUGCCCGUCCGUGCCCUCGCACAAGUUCUGCUUCCCGUGCUCCAGGGAAAGCAUAAAGCAGCAAGGUGCCACGGGUGAAGUGUACUGUCCGAGCGGAGAGAAAUGUCCCCUGGUGGGCUCGAACGUACCCUGGGCUUUCAUGCAAGGGGAAAUCGCCACCAUCCUCGCAGGAGACGUCAAAGUAAAAAAGGAGAGGGACCCUUGAUUUUGUUUGAACACUUCUUUUGGGGAGGGGAGGCAAAAAAUAUGAGUAUAAAUAUAUAAAUAUCACAUACAUACCAUUCAAACAAACUAACGGACUUGUACAUAUUGGACCCAAGGGAAGAGUAUACUUCGUAAACAUGGUUGUAUAAUUUUUGAUUUUUGAAUACAUUGUGUUUCUAUAUUUUUGAAGAUAAAGGUAUGUACUCAUUAUAAUGGACUACGUUCCUCUUUGUUGAUGUUUAACAAAACUCUUGAUGUACUUCUAGGUCUGGUGGCAGUUCCUGUUUAACGUAGAAUGUGACUAAUGCUACUCUACGAGCACUUGGCAAAACUGAAAUGCUUUUAGCUGUACUUGUAUGCACUUGUUUAAAAAUUGCCAAAUACAAUUUCUGAUCUUGUAUGAA